UGUUUCCUCACGGACGCUUUUCAGUAAUGUACCAGUCUUGCAUGUGUUGUGACAGGAUUAACAGAGUCUUCUCUUCUACUAGAUAGUUAUUAGUAUUUUAAAUAAAGCCUGUUCACUGGACAGACAGACAACCUCCGCUAUAAUAUGUCCCGCGAUACAAACGUGUCUCCAGCGGAGGUGGUUCUGGGUUUCCUGGAGGAGGCGGAGCCGUGGCGGCUUCGAUCCCCACAGUUCCCCAGUAAAGUCGGGGGGAAGCCGGCGUGGCUUAGCCAGAAAGACCUGCCCUCACUGCCCGGGCUGGAGUGUGAGACAUGCCGCCUGCCCAUGGCCUUUCUGCUCCAGGUGUACGCACCAGUGUCUGGUCAGGACAGGAGUUUCCACAGAACUCUCUUUCUGUUCUGCUGCAGAACUCCUGAGUGCUACACACACAACGACAGCCGCUGUAUGAAAGUUUUCAGAAGUCAGCUACCCAGGAGGAAUGAGUUCUACCCUUACGACCCUCCGCCAGAGGAUGAACCCCUCAGCGAUCCUGAAGACAACCAGAGUGUGCUGCCUGUCUCUGGAGUUAAAAUGUGUUGGGUGUGUGGUUGCCCUGGCAACAAAGCCUGCUCCCGCUGUCAAUCUGUGACCUACUGUGGAAAACACCACCAGACCCUCCACUGGAAACAGAUACACAAGAAGGAGUGUGGCAGCCAAGACGCAUCCAUUGUCACAACCUCUCCUUUCCUCUUCCCCGAGUCUGAGCUGGUCACUGAGCCUGAGGAAGAGGAGGAAGAGGGGAGAGAGGAAGACACAAAGGAAGCUGAGGGAGAGGAGGAAGAGGAGGAAGACACAAAGGAGGCUGAAGGAGAGGAGGAAGGGGACGGUGCUCACAGAGGUGUAGACCGUCCCUCUUCAGCAGACACGCUGGCAGAGACAGACCUGGAGGAGAUGGCUAUGUGUGAGACUGAAGACAACAAAGUGCUGCAGAGGUUUAAAAAGAAGAUUGCACCAGAACCACACCAGGUGGUGCGUUACAGCCGAGGCGGUUCUCCCUUAUGGAUCUCUCCUCAGCACGUCCCUUCAGAUCAGGAUAUCCCACCAUGCACCUGUGGCGCCAAGAGGACUUUUGAGUUUCAGGUGAUGCCCCAGCUAUUAAACAGUCUAUGUGUGGACGCAAAAGGAGCCAGUAUCGACUGGGGGACACUCGCCGUCUACACCUGCUCUGCCAGCUGUAACCAGGACAACCAGUACUACCCCGAGUUCAUCUGGAAGCAGGACUUCAGCACGGGUCAGCAGCAUAAACACUCAUGAUAUCAGCCUGCUGCUGGAUGCAAUUUAGGACACUGUGGUGCAUCUGACAGCUCAGACUGUGCAGUGAGGAAACUGGUGUAGUCACACUAGUAAUGUCACUUUCCAUUAAAUGGACUGGACCCAUGCUGCUGUUCUUGUUACGCAGCUGAUUAUACGCAGAUCAAAUGUAAAAAUCUGAAUUUCAGCCGACCGAGGGAUCAAACUCCUCAGAGACUGUAACAGGGAGAAUGAAGAUGUUGUUGGGUGGCAGAUAUUCACCGUCUGAAUUUGAGCCAAAUUUCUUGUAACUUUAUUAUAAACACUUGUAAAUUUAUUAUUCUGUGUCCUGACAGUGCAUUAUCUAUCAUUAUUUUAAAGGUUCAGAUAUUGAAACAGGGAUUCUGGUUUCCUGCCACUUCUAAACAUUUUCUAUCAUAGUUCAAAAUUCUGGCUGUUCAGAGCAAAGCGUCGGUGGUAUUUCUGACCCAUGUGGUUAAGAGGGUUAUGUUCAUUCUCAGUGCUACGUACUGUUUAUACAGGUUGGUCUCCUGGUGCUGAUAAUGAGCAAAACAAUAUGAGCUUGUGCCUUAUCAUCACAUAAUAAAGAUUUUAACAAAGUUAUCCAAGUCAUGUAAUUUUUUGCAUUUUUAGUGCUUCGAAGACGAUAUGAAAAUGAACAUAAAGCACAGUAUAAGUCUGGGGUUUUUUUUUUUGAUAGUCAAUGAUCAAUUCUAUCUCACUGAGGUUACUGCAAUGGCAACUAACUGGUAUAAAUCACAUUCAGUGUUACAUAAAUCACAAAUAAUCAGAUGUGUGUGGUAUCUGGUGACUGUCUGGUAAAGGUGCAUUUGAUAUAAUCAGAAUCUGUGGUUUGGUUUCCGACUUAGGGACCACCUCCAAUCCCUCUGUAGUCUGUCAACUGACAAAAGCCAAGGAUUGUGUGCUAAAUGUAAAAAACAUUUAUGUCCAUACAAAUCUUCAUUAGGUUGUAACUAAUUUAGCAAAUUUAAAGACAAACUGUAACUUUUCAAUGACAAAACAAGCAGCAAUUACAGGAUAAAGAUAAAUGCAAAACACAAUUUAAGAGUAGCACAAGCAUAGAAGAGCUCCAGAAGUCACUGAACUGGCUGAAUAAUGUUACACAGCAAUCUUUAUAGUCAAGCUGUGAACUAGGUUCUCUGUAGGAGCAAGACGCCCAGGCUGAAAAAGAGACAAUGACUUGUGGUUGUUUUGUUUGCUCCUUCUGUCAUAUUUUGCAGGUGAAGUCCGGGUGCCCAGUACGCCCAUUCAGUAAUCCAUGUUAAAAUGUUAUUGUAGUGAAGGAAGCAGCUUUAACAGGAGAGUCAGUAUGUACAUAUUUAUUAAUGCACAGUGCAGCACGUUAACAAUUUCAGACGCAGAAUUGCUUUUAUAUGUGACAGAGCUUCCUUGUUUUCUGCCUGGCUGCUGCUAAGCUCAGAAUUACAGAGAAAUGAAUUAAUAAACACCAUUAAGUAUUUAACCUCAUCUCAUCUACUAAUAUGUUGUCCAUACAGAUGUCAGGUGGCAGACACACAGGUGAUGAAACCAAGUGCACUGUGAAUCCAAAAAUUUUAAUUGAUUAAUUGCUUAACUUUUACAUUCAAGGAUGUGUCUAGUUGAAAUCGCCUGUGUGCCACACAAACACACCAACAAGUGCCCAAAAUUUAAACUCAUCUAAAUGUAGACAUUUGGCCAAGUAUGUUGCUGAGCAAUCAGCGAGGAUGAUCCAGCCAGAUAGUUUUGAAUGGCCAAAAAGUACAUUAAAAAAAAAAACAACAAAAAAAAAAA